CUUCAUUGAAGAUGGUCUUUAAAAUACCGGCAUUGCGCAGCAACUCAUCGAGAUUCGGUGUUUCCUCAAAUCUUUGUUUCUAUACCGAUUAUUUCGCACUGCGCCCCUGCCUCAACAUUACGGAAGUACGCGCCAGUCUCCCUCAUCUUCGUCGUCCUGGCCAUCAUACAUGUACGUAAAUCCCUUCCUUGCUAUCUAUUAGAGAUGGCAUGCUUUUCAAAUCGCACAACGAUUGAUGGCUUUGCAGGGACUAAUGUUGACCAACCGAUAUCACAUUCACGAAAUAUUUCAUCCGAUGAUCCAUUCUCGCCAGCAGCAGCGGCAAUCAAUCCCGAUCUUUAUGUGUCCCGCAGAGGAACGCCUAGCGUACCACCAGGGUUUGAGGGCUCCGUCAGCUCAAAGCCUGUUUCGAGAAUAGGGACGCCUCGCGUCAUGACACCUAUCAAGCCAGCCUUACCUCUUCAACCCACUCCACAUAAAGCUAUUGAUAUCGCAGAUUCCGCCAAGCCCCUGUAUGAUCGCGACUCACUUGAAAAGAAGGAAGAGAUUCCUGCUAAGACGCCCAUCAACCACCAAACCCCUGAGAUAGACGUGAAAACUGCAGUCUCGGCGAUUGCAGUGCCUGAAACUGCGGAUGUGGAAGCUAAGAAAGCCUCAAAGCCUACGACGAGGAAGAAUUCAACAGCCAACGCAAAAUCCAUCGCUUCAGUAAGUGCGACACCGACAGCUACUCGCGCCGUCCAGCAACCUGCCACGCCAAAGAAGACAGAGAUUCCCCAGACAGUGUAUGCGUCAAAGAAACCAGAUGCUACACCAGACAAUGGCAAGGGCGGGAAGCAGCCUACGUCUUCGACCAAACGACAACCGCCGGGCAAACUCGAUAUUCCUGCUGCGACUGCUACAGCCGAGGCUGAGAAAAAACCUUACAAAUUGGUCCCCAAUUCUGUACCACAUACUCCUGCUACCACAACUGCUUCAACUGGAUCUCCUGUAAAGAAGGCCCCCUCAAAAGUCCUUCGAGUUGUGCAGACACCUAGAACAGAGACCCCAGUACCGAUAUCUGCAUCAUCAUCAGUAUCCAAUGUCCUUCCGCAGUUACCGACUGGCCGGUUAGCCUCAAGACAGGCCAGUAUUGCUUCGAUCAACAUUCCUGGGACCCCACAUAGUUUCGAUGUAUCAGAUGUCGCUUCCUUAGCGUCUACGUCUGUAUCUCGCGCCAGCUCUCCGCCGCCUAAUGCAAAGUCGAAAGUUGCUACAGUAAGGACGAAGACUAAGAGUCAAGUAAAGAAGGAGAGACAGGAAAGGGGGAAGCAGAAGACUGCCGAGAAGGUUGAAGAGGCCGUCAGUGCGAAGUCGGUCGACGAUGUCAUGCAAGAGCCUAUCAUUGGGCGUAAGAAGAAAGCAAAGAAGCCAUCGAAGACGCCAGCUGCGGCUGUGGCAUCCAAAGAGAGAGAGGCCAGCCGCCCCGCGUCACCUGCCUUAAAAGUUGGGUUCAACAGCAAAGAACAGUCCCGGCCACCUAGCCCACAGGCCAAGGCAUUACCGAUACUGGAAGAGAGCAUGGUGGCUGAGCCUGAGCCUGUAGAGGAGCAUGUUCCCUCGCCGGUGGAUAUCCUUGCGAAGCUGGAAGAUAUGAUGGACACAGCCUUUUUCAAAGGUCCUUCAGCAUAUCCGAAAGGCGAAGUCACCCCCGCUGAUCUAGACAACUUAGAGAAGCCCAUUCCAUUCACCCCGAAUGAUCUCGAAAACAUUGCUAAAGAUGUUCCAGUCCAACUUGGAGGUCAUGAUGGCCGCGACUCUUCGCGGUGUCUCGUGGUUGAUCAAGGCGUGCUUCAUGGACUCCCUCCGUCAAUGGAAGAAUUCUUUCUCGAGUUGGAUGCUAGAAUUAAAGCGACUCUUGGGCCCGGCAAAUACCGUCAUCAAAGUACGCGCGAUCCCAAGAAAAUGUACCCCACAGCACUACCGAGCUUCGCGGCAGGUCUGCAGAACGCUAGGAAUGUUGCAGAUCACCAAAAUAACACCAAUGGCGGCAACAAUUCUGUGAAGUGUGCUCCCUUCGAUGAUGCGGCGAGCUAUAUAAAUCAAUGGGUGAUACCCACGGAUCCCACCGCCACUGCAGGGUAUAUGUCCCGCCAGACACAGAACCCGCCUCAGGUCACCACAGCAGGCAUUCCCGGCAUUUCACUUCCGCUUGAGGAGGCCAGUGAGCUGCUGGAUGGCCACCUUAUCCGAAGUAUCGCAGCAGGCGACUUCAGGACUGCGUUCAUGACUCAUGGCAUGACAUUCGAAGAGGUAGAGAGACAAUAUCAUGAAUCACGGAAAGAGUUGGAAAGACACGAAAAACAAUUGUCGGCUAUGUUGAAGAAAAAUCGGAAGAUCUUGUCGAAUGGUGGGCAUUGAGAAGAAGAGGCAAGCCGACAUAUGAAAUGAAUGAAAGUAAAAAUCUAUUCAAGAAGAAGAACGGCGAUAUCGUUCGUGUAUGAAGGAAAAGUAAGACGAAGUGUAAAUAAGAGACAUGCGGCGGCGCGUGUUCCAUUCAUUAUUAU